AUGACUGCACCCAACCAGCGAAACAAUUGGCUGACGGCGCUGCCCUUCCUGGUGGGGUGGGCGCUGGUGGCGCUAGCGCGGUCGCACGCCGUCAUGCUGGCUGGGCGCGCCGUCGCAGGCCUCGCCGUGGGCCUCUCCGCCGCCCCCGCGCAGGUGCUCAUCAGCGAGGUGGCGGAGCCCCGCAACCGCGGCGCGCUGGCGGGCACGCCCAUGGUCAGCUACUCGCUGGGCAUCCUGUGCGUGUACGCGUUGGGGUCGGCGCUGCCGUGGCGCGUGGUGGCCUGGCUGGGCACGGCGCUGCCGCUGCUGGCGCUGGCGGCGCUCUCGCUGGUGCCCGAGAGCCCCACGUGGCUGGUGCGGCGCGGUCGGCUGCCCCAGGCCAGCAGGGCGCUGCGCUGGCUGCGUGGCGGCACCGUCGCUGCUCCGCUGGCCCAGCGCGAAUUUGAGCAGCUAGUGGCUCGACUUCGCUCGGAAGAGACGCAAGGGGAGGCGGAGGCGGAGGCCGAGGCGGCGACCGCACCCCGCCCGCCCGAGGGCUGCCUGCGAGCUUUCUCCCGCCCAGACGUCUACAAGCCGUUCUUCAUUGUCGUCACCCUCAACAUCAUGCAAAUAUUCUCAGGCACCUACCUCGUCAUCUUCUACGCCGUGGACCUCCUCGAAAAGGCGAACGCGGGCAUGGACGAGGCCCUGGCCGCUGUGCUGACGGCGGCGGUUCGCGUGGUCUUCACGGCGGUGGCGUGCGGCCUGCUCAGCUGGACGGGCCGGCGGGCGCUGGCGCUGAGCUCGGGGCUGGCCUCGGGGCUGGCGGCCGUUGCAAUGGGCUCGGCGCUCUACGUGCGGGACAACGACGCACAGGGCCAAGGCUCCGACCCUUACGCUGCCAUCGUCGUCGGCUGCCUCCUCGUCUACAUGGCUGCUAACACUUGUGGCUUCUUCGUGUUGCCCCUCAUCACCAUCGGGGAGCUGUUGCCAGCUAAAGUACGUGGUCUGGCAGGAGGAUACAUCUUUGCUUCAUUCAACCUGGCACUGUUUGCAGCAACCAAAGUGUUUCCUAGUGUAACUUCAGAAAUUGGGGCUCACGGGGUCUUUUGGGUAUUUGGAAUCGCUUCAUUAACUGGAACUGUUUUUAUUUACCUAGCACUGCCUGAGACAAAAGGUCAAAGCCUUGCACAAAUUGAAGAUUAUUUUCGGGGUAAAAACUUUCUUUGGGUGACACGUCACAAAUAUCGAAGUCCUGAAGCACCUAAAGUGUAAUAGAAUAUAAUUUAAAAAUUUCCUUCAUUCUUAUUUAUUUGUCCAUGAUGUUAAUAUCUGAAGACUGCUCCAUUCAAAUGAAACCAAAAUUAAGAAAUAUACAGGCAAUUUUUUUAAAUUCUAAAAUCCUUGUUCACUUCAAACAAGAUCAACUGAAUAAACACUAAUCUCUUGUUGAGUACCUACAAAUGAAUCUCUUACAUAUGAAAAUGAAUAGUCACUUCAUGAAAAUGAUGUGUACAAUAUUGACCCUGAACAUAACUAGCCCUCAUUUGUCAUUUUUUAAAGCUCUGUUGCAGUAUGUUGGUUAAAUUUACUCAUACAGUGUUAUGCACAUUAAAAAGACAUGCAUGCAUAUAUCAUGCAUAUUGUUUGCAUGUGUUCAGAUUUAUAUACAUUCAUUUUCUUGGUUUUAUCACCAUGCCAUUAAUCAAGAAUGUAGAGCAACUGUAUUUCUACAGGAUUUCAAGAGUACUGAGAGACAAAUUACAAAAUCUGGAAAUUAAUUUUUUGACCCUGGUGAAUAAGCUGAUAAGUCUUGCAUGCUUAAAUUUUUCAGAAUACACCCCCCCCCAAAAAAAAACAACUUUCUUGUGAUGCUAAAAAUCAGAAAUUAAUUAUUUCAAACCAAACCUACACACAAAUAGUUUAGUUUGAAUAUCAGCUUCAUUUGUAUAUCAUUAACCCCUAAUUUACUUCAGUUGAAAGAUGUUUUUUUCUCUCCUGUAAACUUCAAGCAUUCAUGAGUUAUCAGCUUAUUCACCAGGGUCAAAGAAUUAAUUGUUGUAAAGUAUUUUUAAUGUGCAUUUAUUUAAAGUUCCUUUUUUGUUUACAUUGAAGUAAACUAUUUGCAAAGUAAUCGAAAGCUGAUUCAGCAUCAAAUUUUUGAAGAAGAUCCUAAAUGAAAGCAUGAUUAUAUAUUCCAAAGAAAGAAUUGGGUACUUUGCAUUAAUUUCCAGUAAACUGAUAUGGUCAGUUAGCAUGUCUAGACAGAGUAAUCUGAUCUCUUAUUGUGUGAAUGUAUUUUUAUCAAAGCACUAAAAAAUGCUAUUUAAUUUAUAUCUGUUUUUAGUUUUAGUACAUCAUCUUUUGAAAGAGUUUAAGUAUUGACUUUCCAAGCUGCCUUUAAAGAAAUAUUGUGACCCACCUAGUAAGUAAAAGGUUGGGAACAAAAGGAAAAGAAAAACAAAAAAACAAACAAAAGAAAAACAAAAAACAAUUCACUAUUUUUGUAUUGGCAAUUUUCUUUGUGAAACAUUUUUAUUUCUGUAUUUGUGAAAGAUAUAUGUAAAUAUAUUUCAGAAGAUUAUAUAAUUUUUGGUACAUAAUAUCAUAAUAAAAUUCAAAGUAAAUAUAACAAAAAAUAAAUUAAAUCAAUUGAUUGCACAAAAAACACAAGAAAUUACAACAAUAAUUAUGAGGAAGCAUAAAAAAGUAUUGAACUCUCAUAUUUUGUGGUAACAACAAAACAAAGUGCCUUGACACUUUUAAAUGAAUUAAUAAAUAGUUAAAUGAAAAAGUAAAUUAAAAACUUUGAUUUGAUUUAUCGCAUCAACUGCAUAGAGUUAUUAGCAACUACCUUAAUAAUACACAAUCUGUACAAAAUAACACAGUAACUUAGAAUUUUACAUAUAUGGUUAUAUAUUGUUAUACAUUUCAAUUUCCUUUACAAAGCAAAUGAAUUUAAUGCACUAUUCUUUGUUAUUGUGAUCUUUAAGAGAACUUAGUUCGUACUUGUUUCUUGCACUUUCAUAUUCACGGCAAACAAACAAAUGUUCUACUGAAAGAGGAAUAUUGUACACACUACAGUUAUCAGCAUCCGUUCUGUUCAAUAAGUAGUCGUGUGAAAAUUUUGUGUGUCCUAUUCCACAUCUUAA